AUGCAGGGCCUGCAGCAAUUGAGCGCCCGCUCCAGGGCCCGCCCGGCCUGCAGCAGCGGCCGCGUCGCCGCUGCGCCCCUGCCGCAGCAGCUGCUCCGCCCCACGACGCGCCGGCGCGCGCUGCGGGUGCAGGCGUCCGCGUCGGCCCCCAACGUGCUCCAGAAGCUGGGCCGCGUGCUGCGCGAGAAGGCGGCGGGCGACCUCGACAGAUUCGUGCGCGGCACAACCAAGACGCGCGAGCGGCUCGGGCUGGUGGAGGAGCUGCUCACCUUCUGGUCCCUGGAGGACUACGAGACCACACUGGAGGAGCUGGAGGAGGCACUCAUAGUGGGUCACGGGGACGGGGCGGAUGGUGGUUAG